AUGACAAGGUCAUCGAUUAAUUUUAGCCGUCGUUACUCUUUGGCAAUGAUCACGUUCUUUGCCUUGUGUUUUGUCGCGAAAGCCCAGUUAAGUACAGAUUUCUACAACGCAACAUGUCCGGAUGUUCUGAAAAUUGUCCGAAGAGAGGUUCUGAAUGCUGUCAAGUCUGAAAUGCGAAUGGCUGCUUCUUUGCUUCGGCUUCACUUCCAUGACUGCUUUGUCAAUGGUUGUGAUGCGUCACUGUUACUGGAUGGUAAUGAUAGUGAGAAGAAUGCCCGCCCAAAUUUGAAUUCAGCAAGAGGGUUUGAAGUCGUUGACAGAAUCAAGAGCUCUGUGGAGAGCUCAUGUAGCGGAGUAGUGUCGUGUGCUGAUAUACUAGCCAUAGCUGCUAGAGAUUCUGUGCUCUUAAGUGGAGGAACUUCAUGGAAAGUUCUACUUGGAAGAAGAGAUGGUCUAGUGGCAAAUCAGACAGGAGCAAACAGUGCACUUCCUGCGCCAACUGAAGCCCUAGAUAUCAUCAUUUCCAAGUUUGCCGCUGUGGGCCUAAAUAUCAGAGACGUUGUGUCCUUAUCAGGAGCUCAUACAAUUGGGUUGGCACGGUGUGCCACUUUCAGCAAUAGACUCUUCAACUUCUCAGGAACAGGUGCUCCUGAUAGUACAAUGGAACAAAGCAUGCAAACUGAUCUACAGAAUCGGUGUCCGCAGACCAGUGAUGGAAACAAUACCGCACCUUUAGAUCGGAAUUCAACUGAUCUAUUUGACAACCAUUACUUUCAGAACUUGAUUAACGGGAAGGGCCUCCUAGGUUCAGAUCAAAUUCUAUUUUCUAGUGAUGAAGCUGUGACAACAGGGACUAAAAGUUUGGUCCAAAGCUAUAACUCAAAUCUUAAUCUGUUCCUCGCUGAUUUUGCUAAUUCUAUGAUCAAGAUGGGGAAUAUUAGUCCUCUUACUGGGUCUGCUGGAGAGAUCAGAAAGAACUGCAGGGCUGUUAAUGCAUGA